UUUUUACUCAUUCGCUGUGAUUCGAGUGUCGUGUUAAAUAGACAGCCAUGUAUCUGAGAGCAGGCUGAGACGAAGAGAGCAUCAUGAUGUGUGUGUGGAUGUUACAUAAUAUCAGUCUACCUCUGGAAAUUCUGACCACUAUCACCCCACCACCACCACCACCCCCCUUAGUGCAUCUCUGCUCGGUGGACAGGCAGGUUAUCAUCAACACGCAGCUCGAGAGGAGAUGAUCUGUUUUUCCCUCAAUUCUGAGACACGUUCAUGUGAAAUCAUAAACUUGUCUCUGUGCUCCGGGGCCUCUAUUUGACUAGAUGCGCACACGAGCAUCGUGAAUGACAUCAUUUGGGUUAUUUUUGUCAGUUGGUCGAUAGCGGCGGAGAUAGCUUCGGUAUCGGCAGAGGGAGCAGCGGCAGCGGCGGCGGCGGCGGCAGCACACUUGGAGGCUCCAUAGCGGCCACCCUUGGACCGAAGGCAGGCCCGCUGAGAGAGGAGGACUGCAGCACCAUGGACAGCUCAGAUAUGGAUGCCAGUUAUGGUGGAGGACUGUUGGAUAUGGUGAAAGGAGGAGCUGGGAAGUUCUUCAGCAACUUUAAGGACAACCUCAAGGACACACUGAAGGACACCUCUACCAAGGUCAUGCAUCAGGUUGCCACGUACACUAAAGGGGAGCUGGACAUUGCCUACAUCACAUCACGGAUCAUAGUAAUGACCUAUCCAGCGGAGUCAGUACAGAUCGGGUACCAGAACCACGUUGAGGACAUCCGCUCCUUCCUUGACAGUCGGCAUGCCGACCACUACACUGUUUUCAACCUAUCACAGCGCAACUACCGCGGCGCCAAAUUCUCUAACAGGGUUUCAGAGUGUAAUUGGCCUUCUCGCCAGGCUCCCAGCCUCCACAACUUAUUUGCCGUGUGUAAGAACAUGCACAACUGGCUCAAACAGAAUCCCAAGAAUGUGUGUGUCAUCACCUGCUCGGAUGGUCGUGCUCCUUCAGGUGUUUUGGUCUGUGCCAUGUUCUGCUUCUGCCACCUCUUCAACAACCCAGUUCCUGCCAUGCAGCUGCUCAGCGCCAAGAGACCAGGUUCCGGCCUCUGGCCUUCCCACCGCAGGUAUAUAGGUUAUGUGUGUAGCAUGGUAUCAGAGAAGCCCAGUCUACCCCACUCUAAGCCCUUGGUGAUCAAGGCCCUCACCAUAAGUCCGGUCCCCUGCUUCAACAAGCAGCGUAGUGGCUGUCGGCCCUUCUGUGACGUCCUCAUCGGAGAGACAAAGAUCUUCACCACUGCCCAGGAGUAUGAGAGGAUGAGAGAGCACAGGGUCCAAGAGGGGAAGGUGGUGUUCCCUCUGGGUGUAAGUGUGCAAGGAGAUGUCGUGGUCUCUGUCUACCACAUGAGGUCCACCAUUGGAGGACGUCUGCAGGCCAAGGUGUCCAACACUCAGAUAUUCCAGAUCCAGUUCCACACUGGCUUCAUUGCUCCUGGAACCACCAUGUUAAAGUUUAACAAACCAGAACUUGAUGCAUGUGACUCUCCUGAGAAGUAUCCCCAGCUGUUCCAUGUGAUACUGGAUAUUGAGGUAGAGGGGGUGGACAAGCAAAAAGACUUGACGCCGCCGUGGGAGCAGUUCCCCUGUAAAGACCUCAGCCCCAACGUGCUUUUCUCCUGCCACCAGGAGCAUCAGGACGCACUGGCUAUUGCUGAGCCAAGCCGGCCCCACGGAGGUCCAGACAGUCGGUGCCACGGCGAGGAGAGUGAGCCCUCUGACGACGAGAUGCUCUCUCUCUCCAGCCAGCGAAGCAACGCCAGCACUGCCCCCCAGAAACCCGAGCCCCCUGCUCCGACGCACGCAGCACCCGCACCCGCACCCGCUGAAGAAGUGGACCUUCUUGGCCUGGAUGGGGAGGACAUCAACCGCCCAUGCCCCACGUCUCAGCACCCGUCUACUGCAGCCGCAGCCACUGACCUUCUAGGAGACUUGUUUGGGGGCCCACCUCAGCCAGCCAGUGGGCCUUCAUCCACUCAGUCCACACCACAUAAAGUAGUCCCCAACACUGCCUCGCCAUGCCCCUCUCCUGCACCACCAGCGUUUGAUCCCUUUGGGACAGGGCCAAUGCCUAAGCCUCAGGACAUGAUGGGUUCAUUCCUCGGACCAGGUAAUGUGGGGCAGCCAGACCCCUUCCUGCAUGCUGCUCGCUCUCCAUCACCCACCCUGCAGCCCACAGGCCUGGGCCGGAGUUCCCCCGUCCCGCCUACCACUCCAACCGUUAACAUUCAGCAGCAAAAUGCCAUGGGAGGAUGGGACUGGAACAGACCGGCUACCACAAGCACAGGAGUAGGCUUCGGUAUGGGCAGUCGGUCAGCCACUACCAGCCCCACGGGCUCAGUCCACAGCACCCCCACCCACCAAACCAAGCCAAACACCCUGGACCCGUUCGCUGACAUAGGCAACCUGGGGGGAAGCCUUGGAGGAGGUUCCGGCUUCUCCAGCAAACCUACCACCCCUACCGGAACCACCCCUUCCUUUCCUCCCAUGGGCUCCCCGUCGCGGCCUCCUCCGUCUCCCCAGCAUGCGGGAGGUUGGCAGCCUCACGCAGGUGCCGGCGGUUUCCCCUCUUGGCAGCCAGGUGCUGCAGGUGGUGGAGGAUGGCAACCCCAAGGACAGGGCCCCGCCCCACAGCCAAAGCCCAGCCCCAGCCACACCCCAAUGCCUCACACGUCGCCCCAGAACCGACCCAACUACAAUGUCAGCUUCUCUGCGAUGGGAGGAGGGUCACCCAGUGCAGGGGGUAAAGCACAGGCUGCCAUGGGUUCGAAGCCCAGGGCCUCUGAUGCCAACUUUGAUGACCUGCUGUCUGGUCAGGGCUUUGCAGGGACCAAAGAGAAGAAAGGGCCCAGGACUAUAGCAGAGAUGAGGAAAGAGGAGAUGGCCAAAGAGAUGGACCCUGAGAAAAUAAAGAUUCUGGACUGGAUCGAGGGGAAGGAGCGUAACAUUCGUGCCCUGCUGUCCACCAUGCAUACCGUGCUGUGGGAAGGAGAGACGCGCUGGAAACCCGUGGGCAUGGCUGACCUGGUUACUCCAGAGCAGGUCAAGAAGGUCUACCGCAAAGCAGUCCUGGUCGUCCACCCAGAUAAGGCAACAGGACAACCAUAUGAACAAUAUGCCAAGAUGAUUUUCAUGGAACUAAAUGACGCCUGGUCAGAAUUUGAAAGCCAAGGACAAAAACCCCUCUACUGAGUAAAAAGUGAGAGGAAAUGAACGAGAAGAAGCUAUACCUGCUGAUUCUGUCAUCUACUCCUAACAAUGUGUCACCAUCUCUGGUUAACAUACUACGGCCACACCCUACAACAUCUGCCUUUAUACCUGUGCUUUGACCCGUACCUCUGUUCUCGCCACACACAAACACAGAACAGCCAGUUGAUCUGCAAAGAUGGCAAAAUACUCCAGAACUACAGUGCUCAGACUAACAGUGUAACUGAUCAAAUGACCCCCUGUAGCGCUAAUGUACCUACCUACUGUAUGUAUGUGGUGCAACAUUAUCUUUCCUUGUUGAGCGUCCUUAGCCCUGAAACCAAACCACCAAUCAUAGCAGAGUCACCGGGACGACUAGAAAAAACAGACAGACGUUUGAUUCUGAGGAGACAGAUCAAAAGAGAUGAAGGACCCGUGAGAUAAGAAAAAAACACAUCAGGGAGUAAACUGAACAAGCAUUUCACAGACUGCUCUAACUAGAGAUUCAGAGCGCCAGAUAGUCUGUAAGGCACAACAAGCAUUUACCCGCAAGAUGUUUUGCUGGGGAAGUAGAUUUUACUUUGUAGUUUUUUGUGAGAAUUGGAUCCGUGAUCAGCUCUGUCAUAUCAAAUCCAGUUUUCCAUUCGGUUGAAUGUUUCCAGGAAUAAGAAAAAGAGCAGCAGCAUCAAGUUAUUAUGUUUUCCCAUCCAAAAUGUUGUGUGUAUAGGUACAAAUGAACAAUUACCUAAUUUAAAAAGCGUUAUGGCAGUGAAAAGGGAAAGUAACUCUGAUAACAGGUUUGCAUCCAUCCCCACGACGAAUGAUUCAAAAUAACUAAAAAACUAGAUAAAAUGAAACAUGGCUUUUUACAAUAAAAACACAGAAAGCUGCUGAAAUUUCAGUUCCUGACUGAUGUACAUGACUGAUGAAACAUAACAAUGCUGUACUGUAGGAGAGCUGCUUAUGGUGUGUCUGAUGUAAUCAAGCCCUGUGUGUCUCCAUAUUGGCAGGGAACUGAGGAUUGUAUAUUUUAGGAUUAGCACAUGUACAGUUCCAUACAUGAAGCACCUUGAGGCCUCAUGCAUCCUCACUCAUACAGUAACAUAUUUUCUGCAAGGGAGCUCUGCAAAAGCACAAAAUGACUACUUCAUUCAGUGCAGCUUUGAAGGCAGCCAUUGUUAUUUAUUUAUUAGUUCAUUUUGCCAUUUUUGUUGUUGUCAUGAGCGCGUCAUCAGGUCAUGUGCAAGUAUUUGAGUGAAAAGUUUUUGGGCCAUUAAGUUUGACUCGUUCUGUAAACUCUCUGAUGAGCUGACAAAACAGGGGAAUAAGUUGUCAGACUAUAUCACAGUUUUUUGUGUUUAGCCUUUUAUAGUUGGCAGUUUCUUUUUCAAACUACUAUGAGUUGACAUUUAUGUGCGUAAACACGACAACACUGCUCAUCCUUUGUUUCCGUUGGCCCUUCAACUCACUUCAACGCAAUAAAAAGGUAUGGGUUGAUUUUGCAAACAUGACAAUUCUGUCAUGAGGUGAUUGUUAGUGAUGUGUGAAUUAAACUGUGUCUCACUGCUUCAUAUCUCAGAUUCCUACAUAUCCUUUAUAUAUCUCUUUAUCAAAACACUGAUGUGCAGCGACUGCAUUGAUUUACUUGAUUUAUUUUGUUUACAUCUGUGAGACAUUUCUGUCACAGCACUGACACUUAAUAAUACAGAUAUCUGGUCAUAUCAACAGUAAGGUACAGCACACUUAAAGUAUCAAUUACAAAGGAGCUGUUUGUAAUAGUUAAAAACCAGGAUGUCUUUCUGCAUAAUUUAAUUCAUAUUCUAUCCAAUGUGAUUGUUCCUCUGAAUGAUGGUUUCUCUCCUGUCUUUGGUCAAUGUUUUAGGAAAACUCACUCUAAAAACUACGCCAAUGUCAAAAAUAUGCAAAAACAAAAUGUGUGAAACUGAAGCAAUUCUUGAUUUCCAUUAGGGGUUUGAGGUUUUCACAGGAGAUGAACAUGUAACAUCUUCACCUUUCAGCUUUGUGUUACUGAGAGAUCUACCAGUAAAGCUGUUUUAUUCUGAUGCUUGACCCUUAUUAUCAGUUUAAAAAAAAAUGUUUAAAAUCCAUUUUAACACAUGGUAAUUGAGCAGAAUGUUUUCUUUUACAGGUUACUGUGGUCAUGCUCUCUCUGUUUUGAAGAUUUAGAUGAACGAUGAGAUGCUUUUCUGAUUGUCUUUACUUGCUUGGUAGCCAUCAUAAUGUCUUUUCUCUUUACUAGAGAAGGUUUGUCCCUGUUUGUUCAUCUGCUUUGAGGAUGUAGACUGAAUACUGACCGACUGCUACAAAGCGCUGUUUCUUCAACUGGUUUGGGACCCAGAAUGAAUGAAAAUAACAUGAGAAAAAUUGUGUCUUGACUGAAAUGGGUCCCUCCUAAAAAAGGACAGUGGGUCUCAGGCUGAAACUACUGAACUCUGAUUUUGAGGCUACUGCUUUCUUUGGUGACUUACCAGACACAGGAAGUGUGUAGUAUGUGCUUCUGUGCUCUAUUUACACUGAGGACCUACAUGUGAAAUAACCCUCAUAUGCUCCCUCGCUGACUGAAUUCUCUAUCUGCAACCUUACGGCUAUGUUAAAAGGCUAACCUCUAUAUUGUAGUCAAUGGAUGUGUGUUGUUUGAAGUUGUGGUAUGUAUGAAAGUGAUCAGAUUUGGUUCUAGACUACUGUAUGUUAUGUGUUUGCCUGUCUGCUGUUCAAGUAUUACUAAAUUGUGUAAAUAUUCUGUUCAUGUGUUCCUUUUCAGUUCUGUUUACCGUUACAGGAUGUACAUAAUGAUCAAGUGCAGUGCACAGAAAUAAAUAGUAAACAGAAAACAGAA